AUGGCUAACAUCGGCAGCACCACCGUCCAACGCCCAACCGCCACUCCACCGCCGCCGGCGGACUCCACUCCAAUCAAUGGUUCGAAGCACUCGAGGCGAAGGAAUCGGAACAGUUUCAAGUUCACGUUCCCCUUCGACAUCCCUUCCUCUCCUGAAGCCGCUGCUGCUCGGAUCAUCAGAAAUUUGACCUACUUCGGACCGUACUACUUAAUCUUCGUGUGGUCGAUCCUUGCGAUCCCUCUCUUGCCGCAGCGGAAGGUUUCUUUUAUGAUCCUGGUGGCCAUGACCAUCGUAACGUGCCUGUUCUUGCUACUGCUGCGAUUGCAGCCCAUGGUCAUCGAAAAAUUUCUCGUUCUAGCGUUGAUCGCCAUUGUUACCAUGGUGGCGAUGAUAUUGACCAAUGCCGCUAUUCAUUUCUUCGCGAGUCUAGCAGGAUCAGUGCCUGUGAUUUUGAUUCAUGCAGUGUUGAGGACUAGAGACGAUCAAGUUGUGGACGACGAGGCAGGCGCCACCGGUGAAUUGGUUCCUCUUGUAAACCAGACGGCCGGCGAGACGGAGCCUGCGGCGUUUGUGUGA